AAAUAUACCAUUUAAGUUAUAUCUAUAAAACCAUAACCUCCUACUUUUUUAUUGAACCAUAGCCUCAAUUCCCCCACCUCCAAAGAUCCAUCCGCCUGCCGCUGCACUCCCCUGCCGCUGCCGCUGCCGCCGCCCCAUGACCCGCCAUCAGCCGCCGUUCAAGGGAACAAUCGUCAGCCAAAUGCAUCUAGCCGCUUGCAUCGUCGUCCAGGAGUAUGCCGCCCAUGCCCCGCCGUCCAGGAGUACGCCGCCCAUGCCCCGCCGUCCAGGAGUACGCCGCCCAUGGCCCGCCAUCCAGGAGCACGAUAUCCCUUCAGGAGCACGCCGCCCAUGGCUAGCCAUCCAAGAGCAUGCCACCCCAUGGCCCGCCGCCCACUGUCGUCCCGAUCCAUGGGUGCCGCCGCCCAGCCGUCUGCCAUCUUCUUCUAGAUCUACCGUUGGAGAGUGUUAGAAACCUAGCAGAGAGGGGGGAGUGCGACACAUGUUAAAAACGUGAAGAUGGGUUUGGAGUUACAUAAAGAUGAGCCUGUUACAUCAUGGGUUUGUUGCAAUUUUUUGAAUGCGAAGGCCACUGGUAAGUUGUUACGGCGCAUGAUAAUUCUGCUUUGGCCAUCACUUCUACUGUUUGCUUUUCAAUUUUUUAAAAUUAGGAGUUUCUAAAAUUAGGGUUUAUGGCAUUAAAUAUGGGCAUUGAACAUCGCCAGUUUAAUAAGUAUUGAGUAUGAGCAGUGAAUAUAUAUAUAUAUGUGUGUGUGUGUGUGUGUGUGUGUGUGUGGUAAUAGACAUUUUGGACAUGACAAUGAAUGGAUGCAUUAAAAAAAUUUGUUGUGCAAUGAUUAUGAAC